AUGGAGUUGAGGUUUGACAGUGAUGUGUCUCAGAUGGGUCUCAUUUCGGAUCUGUUGCCCUGCACCAACCAAUCCAACAGCACCAACUCCAGCUCAGUGCAGGGCAUCAUCCUCUCACCGUAUUACCAGCAUUCACUGGCGAUGGCCGCUGUCUUCACGCUGGCGUACCUCUUCAUCUUCCUGCUGUGUGUGAUCGGAAACAGUCUGGUGUGUGUGAUCGUCCUGAGGAACCGGCACAUGAGGACCGUCACUAACACCUUCAUCCUCAAUCUGGCCGUCAGCGAUCUGCUCAUCGGGAUCUUCUGCAUCCCUACGACACUAGUGGACAAUCUCAUCACGGGUUGGCCGUUCAGCAACACAAUCUGUAAACUGAGCGGUCUUGUACAGGGAAUGUCAGUCUGUGCAUCAGUCUUUACAUUAGUCGCCAUUGCUGUGGACAGGUUCCGCUGCAUCGUUUACCCUUUCAAACCCAAACUUACACUCUAUGUGGCCAAAGUGUCCAUCCUGAUGAUAUGGCUGCUUGCGCUGGCCAUCAUGUUUCCUUCAGUGCUUAUGCUGACCGUUGAGCAAGAGAAAGGGCAUUUCACGAUCCACGAUGACAACUACAACCGUACGUUCCCGCUGUACUCCUGCUAUGAAACCUGGCCCGAACCCGACAUGAGGAAAGUGUACACCACCGUUCUGUUCGUCCACAUAUACGUCAUUCCUCUGGCCCUCAUUAUGCUGAUGUAUGGCCGCAUCGGUGCCAAACUGUUCCCCGCAGCGACCCUAGCGAGCGCAGAGCGGCGUGAUGUCCCGUCCCAGGGGAUGUGCUCGACAUCGCAGAGGAAAAUCAAAGUGAUCAAGAUGCUGAUUGUAGUGGCCGUGCUGUUCACGCUGUCAUGGCUGCCGCUGUGGACGCUCAUGCUGCUAACUGAUUACGCGCGGCCGGAAGGCGACAAACUGGAAUUUCUGACCAGUUAUAUAUUUCCCCUGUCUCACUGGCUGGCGUUCUCCAACUCCAGCAUCAAUCCUGUUAUCUACGGCUACUACAACAAGAACUUUAAGAGAGGGUUCCAGGGGGCGUGUCAGAAACAAGCAUGUUGUUGGGGCAAAAGGCAAACUCGAUGUAGCAUUAAAUGGUCCAAGAGGGGCGGUCGGGGUUGCAGUCCACUGAACACGGUGGUUAGUGGAAACCCGCUCGGCCUGGGAACGAGAAACAGGGUGUUCACUGAGAGCGACUUGACAGGGUGUGUGCGUCUGGAGCUCGAGAACAGGACAGUGGCGAUGGACACCAGAGGCGAAGGAGGAAAUGGAGGAAUCUCAAUUAAAAGGGAAAUUCACUUGGAAAAGAUUGAGAGAGCAUCUUCAACCGGAGGCACGGUAUUCCAAUCCUGGGAGCUUUGA